CAGAACACUACAGAGCCAGGUGUGACCUGCAGUGUCUCCCCUGCCAUUGAGCUGGGGGGCGCCCCGCCCCUCCAACGGGAGCCCCCGCCCCCCCCCGAAAAAAGUCAAAUGAAUUUAAAUAUUUUUUAUUUUUGUUAUUUUUUGGUAUACCCAACCUUUAUUGCAGAAUAUGGCUGGUGAUUAUGAAUAUUAGUGUGAGUAUGUGAAUGACAGACUGACUGUUGAUUUUAUUCGUGUUGAAUUAGGGUGAAGUUGAAUAUUAUGAUCCAAUCAUAUCCAGUGAGGAUCUCCUGUAUCCUUGGCUAGUGGUGGUUUUACCAACAACAGAUUUUUAAAAGAUACAAAGAUUUAUGUAUUAAUAUUUUAAAAAAAAGAAUGAAGCUUCAUAUGCGUCAAUGAUGUUUGCACUUGGUGCUUUGAGGUUUAACCAGCUGCACUAGACGUCCAACCUUUCCCCACACGGCCCUGCACUAAGAGGAGGAUCUAGUCAUUUCUAUCAGGAAUAAGUCGGUUUCUGUCUUAUUUUUAUUUCAUUGUCGGAUCAGGUGUCAUUCACUUCGAUGGGAUGUGGGCUUGCAGACUUGUCAACAAAAAUCAGCUGACGGCCUCCCACUAAAAACUUAACAACAGUCGCCCUCCUUUGAGGUUCUCUCACAUGCUCCAGGCUGUUCAGGAAGGAAGGCAGGCAGGAGUGAAUGUACAUAUAGGACACAUUUAAAAACAUUCACCAAUUCACACUAUCUCACAGCCUCUAUAAGCACAACAUUUCAAGCUGGAGAUACAUUGUUGUAAGAGUGGUUUGAGUUUAUGAAAAGGUUUUGGUCUCCCUCUUGUGGAGAAAAAUCAAAUGUUUUGGUAGAAGGGGGGGGACAUGUAGGUGUAACUCGUCUGUUUUUCUAUUUCAUGUCUGAGUGCAAGACAACAGAUUAGGCCCAGGGGAAAUGACUUGAAUGAUGAAUUUAAACAACAACAACAAAAAAGAACAACAAUGACCAAUGUGUGUAAUUGAGAAUGUGACGCUGUUAAAAAAAGAAUAGUUUUAUGUAGUGACAUUUAUUUUAGAUUAGAGCCUUCAUCGAAGAUCGAACGGUUUAUUAAAAAGCUCAACGCGGGUCCAGAGAUUGACUCACCUCAGGAGCAAAGACAGCGUGGCAGCAUGUGGAUCUUAUCUGAGACUAUAAAGAUGCCUUUACUUGCCACGACUGAAAAUUAAGUGACCAACUUCCUCUUGGUCUUUUUCUUCUUCUGUGCAAUUCACAGUUUACAAACACCUCAGCACAUCACUUUUUACUCCACACUAAGUUGAAAAGAAUGGUGACACCUUACAGGCAUAUGGUCUCUUGAUUCCUAGUAUGAGUAUGUUCACAUUACUGUAGGAACUAUAAUUUUUCCUAAUGGAUUCAUUUUUAAAUGUGGUGGCAACCCUGGUCUGAAACAGAAAUGUUACUUUUUUUGUGAAUCAUUAACCUUUGGUUCCACAUAUUACACAUAAUAGCAAAAUCUUGCUGUUAUCUGACAUAAGUAUAUUUUUGCCUCAAAGUCAACAACUGCGAAGAUGACAAGUCAUCUGUUGUCCUUCCCACUGAGAAUACGAGCACACCAAAAAAGAAAAUCAAAAAGAAAUUAGGAUUUUUUUUUCUAUUGUGAAUCUUUCAGAGGAGAAUAAAAACAUUGGUGUUUGUGUUAUUUCUCUGUAUUCUACAUGUACAACCAUAACAUUUUGUGUGUGCUACACCAUUGAAUCAGAAGUGUAUUACUUGUUUACUUGAAGGUGUUCUAUGCCUUUACUGUAGCUCUUAGAUUAUAACAAUGCCACACACACACUUUUUAUAAUGACCAGGCAGCAGCUGACGCCUGUGUCAGGAGCUGUUGCGUUUCAGGACCACAGGGUUUCACGGUGAUUACUCCGCUUCAAUGGGUUUAACCAUGAGCCUCUAACCCGUGACGGUCAUGAGGGUUUUCUGCCCCCUUCUGCUCUCCAGCACACUGAGGCAACAUAUUUGAGGAGGGAAGCAACUAGGAGCUCCGCGGAGGCAGUCGUCUUCUUUUUCUCUUGAGGAACCAUCCCAAUCAGAGGAACUGUUCUCUGCAAUCUAAUUAUCCAAUUUGCUUGAUGCUGUGUAAUCGCACAGACGGAAUGCCUCGUGGAGACUUCAACAUCUAUUUUGCCACCAGCAGACGAGGAAUUGUCAGGGCUGAGGAGGCAGUGGGCAUAGCUCUACUGGUGGUCAUCCUGGCUGCUCUGCUCAUCCUGGGCUGCUGGUACUUCAAGAAGAGGAGUGGCUACAAAAUAAUCAGGAACCCUAGAACGGGGUCACCAGCUUACUCAGGAGGCCAGUUCUCAGAGGCAGGACCUUCAGCAGAUAACAAGAUGGCUCUCACUGACUUUGGCAGCUUCCAACCUGUGACUCAAACUCUGUGCAGCCCAAAGCCCAUGACAGAGGACUCUUGUUCAAUACAACGCCUCAGGGCUCUGAGAACAGUGUGCAGCACAUGAAGCGGAUGGAAUGGAUUUCUGAAGGAGAGAUUAUUAUGUCACCAGACUUCGGUGAGGUAUUAAAAAUGUUUCAUUCCCAAGGGAGGAAUGUGUUCACGUGUGCAAGAAAAGAGAGGGUGGGGGAGUGGAGGACUGGUUAGGGAUCAUAUGAGAUGGUGCUGAUCAUUCCUUUCUACUGUUCCACUGUGGCAGUUACCAGGGUUUAAGAUUUUAUCAACAGAAAGCCAAACAUUAUACAAACAGGGUCUAUAGUUUACAGAUAGGAUGCUUAAUUCCGUGUGAUCAUUUGGAUGUUUUUGUCCCACUCUU